AUGCUCUACAAAAGUGUACAUUACGGCGUAACCCUAACUCCCAUCAGCGAGGUAGUACGAACCCAACAGCAGCAGCAGCAACAACAACCAUGCCAGAAGAACUUCUCCAGUUCACAUUUUGUAAGCGACUCACCGCCAAUCUUCACUUUAAAUUCUACCACAAUUUCGGAUACAGAUUUCAGCACUGAAAUCGCAAGUCCCGAUAGCGCAGCAAUACUUGGGAGCUAUGGCAACAACAACAACAGUGGCAGUAACAGCAAUAAUAGCAGCAGUGAUUCGGAUAAAUUGAAUAGCAGCAACAAUGCUACAUUCACGAACAACAACAACAACAACAACGGCAAUAAUGCUUCAAAAAAUCUUAGCAACACGAAUUUGCUCGAUCGCACCAUGAACGUGUCGACUCUGUUGCGCAGCGUCGGCCUGGAGCAGUACGUGGAGGCGUUUGAGGAGCAAAAUUUGGAUUUGGAGCAGUUCUUGAAUAUACGCACUGAGGACUUUCAGCGCUUGGGCGUGACCAAAGCGAAGCAUCAGCAAAAACUUUUAGAUUUGCUAAGCGAAUUAAAUGGCGCAGAAAUUUAGUUUUCGUUCUGUCUUUGUUUGUUGUUUUUAUUCAAAUGUGUAUUUCGAGAUGCCAUGAUCUUGUGCCUAACGUUGAUCGUUUUCGCUGUUACCUAGAGCGGCAAUUUUCGCGCAUUAAAUAGAGCUUUUUUUAGUAUGUAUUUUUUAUUUGGUAUUUAUCUAUAUAUAUGUAUGUAUAUUAGGGUGCC